GAGAGAGAGAGAGAGAGAGAGAGUUAAAAUUAUCCACCUAAAGCCAAUCCUCCUCAAGCUGAUCAGGAGCUGAAUGGACUAAACAGCUCGGAGACUUCAAACUUCUCAGCAGGUCGGAGCGCUCGGGGAUCUGAUGGGUGGUUAGAGCCCCGAGUUAAAGGGAUUAUUCUUGGCUGCUAAACUCAGGAGGUCCUCGGAGCUGGCAGGAGCCCAGAACCUGCUCCUGGACUCCACCAGGAUCCAUCAGCCCAGCUCCCGUGGCUCGUCAGCUCGCCGUGCAGCCAGGAAAGCUGGUGUGAUCCUCUCCUCAGGAAGCAGAGCAGAUCACUUAUCUUCUGGGAUCUGGCCUCAGAGUGUGUGAGUCUGUCUGAGGAGCUCUGACCUGCAGUGUGAUUGUUGACAUGCUCCUCCCCGACACCUUCGACUCCAAUGAGCUCCACACAUGGUGUUGGUCUCAGCGACAGUAACGCCUCUCGUUUGUCAAGGAACCGCUCAGAUCCAACAUGGCCAGAGACGUCAGUCCUCUGAGUCUCAUGUCUGCGAGGCACCGAUGGGUCGGAGCCUCUCUGGACCUCGUCCUCCCGCUCUUCCCCCUGCGUCCUCUCGUUUUCUACUACUUCCUGUCUUGCGCGGCAGCAACGGCCAGUUUGCCUGGUAUAGAGUACAGCUACGGCAUGAGCCCCAAGUUUGUUUGCACCCCGAUUCCGCCAGAAGCUGACCCCAGCUGCUACUCCCCGCCCGGCGUGCCCCACGGACCCAGCACCAACGGCCACACUAACGGCCACAGUGGCGGCCCCUGGCGAGGGAUGAUGUCAGACGAGGCCAAAGCCACCAUCUUACAUCUGCGAGAAAGCCUGGUGAGGCAGAAGGAGACGAUCCUGGACCAGCGGGAGACCAUCAGGGAGCUGACCGCCAAGCUCACCUUGUGCGAGGGCUUCGGGGGUCACCACAGCGGGGGUCACCAUGACCCCCGCCACCACAGUAACCACGACAACCACCACGACACCCAUCACGACACCAAUCACGACACCCACCACGACACCAAUCACGACAACAACCGCGACAACCACCACGAAGGCGACCACGACGACCACCGCGGGAAUCACGGCAGCCACCACGCGUCCACGUCCACGUCGCACCACGGCCCUUCGUCGUAUCACGGCAGCGACCACCACUACUCCCACGGCAGCCACCGGCCGGACCCCCACCACAGGAAGGGCCCGUACAGCAAACACAGCUCCUUCUCUCCUGAGCAGACGGGGAAGACGCUGCAGACGCUGAAGGAGCGACUGGAGAACCUGCAGGCGAGGAACUCGUCCAGCUCGUACUCCAGCUCCCUGAGAGAACUGCUGCAGAGGAAGAUCACCGCCCUGGAGGAGCAGCUGCACGGUUACCACCGAGAUCACCAUGACUACGGUAACCACGACGACCACCACGACGACCACCGCGGCGGCAGCCACCCUGACGACCAUCACGACGACCACCGCGGCGGCAGCCACCCUGACGACCAUCACGACGACCACCGCGGCAGCAGCCACCCUGGCGACCACCGCGGCAGCAGCCACCCUGACGACCAUCAUGACGACCACCACGAUGACCACCAUCGUAACGGUUACCAUAGCAACCGCCAUGACAGCCAUCACAGCAACCACCACGGUAGCAGCCGGUACAACCCCCACAGCAGUCACCACAAUCGCCACCGUGAUCACAGCUAUGAUCACCACUAUGACCGCGGCCGCCAUCAAGGCCGCUAUGACAGCCGUCACGGCGACCACCAUGACGACCGCCACGGCGACCAUCACAACGAUCAUCACGGCGACCACCACAACGACCACCAUGACGACCACCACGGCGACCAUCACGACGACCAUCACGACGACCACCACGACGACCACCAUGGCGACCACCAUGACGACCACCAUGAUGACCACCAAGGCCACCACGACUACCACCAAGAACCCGGCCACCCCGAUGACCGCCACGACGAUCAUCACGACAAGCACCGCGGCAACACCCACCAUGACAGUCGCCAUGACAGCGAUCCUCACCCUCGCCGACUGCCUUUCAGCAGCAAAGAGACGGCUCUGCGCGGCGCCGGUCACACCAAGCUGGAGACGGUGCUCGGCCAAAUCCACCACGGCCAAAGUGACCACAAGAAGCUGAAGAGCCCCAGCGCCUUCAGGCUGGAGUUCCCCAUGAGGACCAACUACAUGUACGGCAGGAUGAAGCGCUCCGUGGUCAACGAGAUCUUCGCCCUGACCAUCUGCCUGUGGCUGAAGGCGGGGGCGGGACCAGGCCUCGGCACGCCAUUCUCCUACGCUGUGCCGGGACAAGCCAACGAGCUGGUGCUCAUCGAGUGGGGCAGCAACCCGAUGGAGCUGCUCGUCAAUGACAAGGCGGUGACUCUGCCCGUAACCAUGACGGACGGGAAGUGGCAUCACGUGUGCGUGACGUGGUCGACCCGUGACGGCGCCUGGGAGGUCUACCAGGACGGGGUGAAGAAAGGCUCGGGCCAGAACCUGUCGGCCUGGCACUCCAUCAAACCGGGAGGCGUCUUCAUCCUGGGGCAGGAGCAGGACACGGUGGGAGGACGCUUCGACGUCACCCAGUCCUUCAUGGGCGAAGUGUCCGAUCUGCAGUUCUGGUCCAGAGUCCUGACGUCCAACGAGAUCCACAGCCAGGCGACCUGCGGGGGCCACCUCGUCGGGGACGUCAUGUCCUGGUCGGAGGAGUCCGUGGAGCUCCACGGUGGACUCACCGAGCUCCCGUUCGAACCCUGCCACUAGGGGCCGCCACUGGACCCCCCGCGCGCAGAUCACGAUCACACGCCCGAGUCCAAAACGGCUGGAAAGUGGGAAAGAUGAUGGGAUUAUUCACUGCUCUGGUUUUUCAACGCAGAACUUUAUGAACACAAGAUCAGAGCGAGGAGCCGUUUUCUACACGUUUUCUUUUUGCCAUUCCUGUUCCGAUCUUUCUGCCUUCGCCCCCCCUCCGCCCCCUCCCCCCCCUCAGCAGGCUCCAGAGAGCGCAGGGCUUCACCGGCUUCAUGACUGCGGCUGCUCUGAGGGAUCUCAAACACAUAAUAGGAUUUUCCUCCAUCAGACCAAAGGUUGCUCCGGCGUGUUUCCUCUGGUGUGUGAGCGAAGCCGAACCUCACAGGACGUGAAGAGGCUGAAACGAUGAAAUCACACGUCUGCUCGUUGUCAGUGGAGACGAAGGAAUCCAGCUGAUGCACGAUGUUUUUACGAUGCAGGUCGGAGCGAGCAGAACCUAACGAUGGGGAUUUUGCACACUGAUAUUUUCUAUUAGUAUUUCAUAUUGAAAAAAAAAAAAACACUCUUUUUGUAGGAAUGAAAUUUGUAUUUCCAGGAAAAAAAAAAAUAUCUCUAUAUAUAUAUAUAAAAAUCCACAUAUUCUUCAUAACUGUAAACUGCAUUCUGAGUUUCUGUGUGUUUCUCUGAGUCAAACAGCCGUUACACAAGAGCAGCGCAGGUCAAUGUCACAUGACGGCGUCGCUGCGGCUUCACCGUCCCCCAACGUCUCCUCGGCAACCGGCGGCUUACAGCAGGACUUACCUGUGCACAGCUGAUCUGAUCCUGCCUAUUUCCAACCAGCUCAAAGCGCACACACACACACACACACACACACACACACACACACACACACACACACACACACACACACACACACACACACACACACACACACAGAGAGGAUAAAGAGGUGAAAAGAGACACUGUUGAUCUCCGGCUCAGUUUCUAGCUGCACUUUCACAUUUUUUAUAACAAAAGCGGUUUUUGUACAUGUGAAUUACACCAGAUUGACUCUUUCUGAUCUUCUACAGGAGUUAUUACCAUAUUUCUCACAUUGUAAAUAACAACGUCUCAUUUACCCCCCACCCCCCCCACCCGCUGAGUUAAACUCAGGCCUCAUCCUGCACGUCUGUCAGCAAACAGAGGAAUCUGCUGUUGCCAUGGUGACAGGGAAAUAUCUCCCAGCAUCAGGACCACGGCGCCCCGUCCCUCCACAGCUGUAAAUAUCCGCAGAAUGUUCCUUCGACUGUAAACUGCCAAGACGAGCGGCACUUUGAAACCGUGCUCCUGUCCCGUCCCCCCGUCCCCCAAAUGCAUGUGACGUUUGAUUCCCGUGUCCACACACCCGCUCCCUGUAGAGCGUGUACGCUGACUCUGCGCAGAGAGACUCGCUUAUUCUCGCCUUCGGUGUACGUUCUGUGUAGGUGUUUCUCUGUGGUGUUUUAUUCUCGUGUCUUUUUUGGCUGUAAAUAUACAAAGUAUUAUUACAGUGUGUUCGGUCAACAGUCUCCCUCGUGUGUAAGCCAAAACUAUAAACUUAAAUAUAAAACUUGAAAGAGGAGAAAUAUGCACUAUAAACGCUGUCAAAUAUUUGUAAAUAGGCCUGUGUCGGGAUUUUGAAUAAAACUAUUUGAAAUAUUUUAUGAAUUCAAA